CUGGCAGUGGCAGAGUGGGUUAUCUGUAAAAACAAUGGUUCCUACCUCAGUCGUAAUUUGCUUGAUGACACCCGUUUGCUGCCUAGCUGUACUGAAGAGGUUACGCUUAAUUACUGAAAGUGCAUUGUGCCAUGUUGUGCGUGCAUCCUAAAUAUAGCUAGCCGUGUACAAUAUGCAAUGUCAACCUUGAGACGCUAACGUUAGCUUCCAUAGCUUAGCAUAGCCAACUGGUGUCCAGUCUGCCUCCGCAUGUUAUUUGCUAUUAAAGAGUCACCUUGCGGACAGAGCUGACGUGUUUUUUUACGGAUGGGUUCCUUCAGGGCAAUAGCUUCGACGUCGGCAGCCUAUUUUUUCUUAGCGAAAGCAAAAGGCUCGACCAAAACGUUAGCCGAUGCAGCAUGCACGGUGUGUUGCAGAAGAACUUUCUGCAGCUCACCCUCAAGACCGCAGAACUGCAUGCCAGCUUGGGUCAUUGACCAAUACGGCACCAAUGGGGUUUUAAGGUUCACAGACGAAGUCAGUAUUCCCAUUGUCAAUUCCCCCAGUGACGUGGUGAUAAAGGUCCAUGCUACUAGUCUCAACCCUCUUGACAUAUCUAUGAGGGGAGGGUAUGGGGCUAAACUGCUGAAGUUGAGACGGGAUCCUCUGUCUGUGAUGCAGAGUGACAGUGAGUUUCCUCUGAUCCUGGGUCGGGAUGUGUCUGGUGUAGUGGUGGACUGUGGCUCUGCAGUGACCCAUUUUUAUCCCGGGGAUGAGGUGUGGGCUGCUGUUCCCCCUUGGAAGCAAGGCAGCCUGGCAGAAUUUGUGGCUCUUACAGAGUAUGAGGUCUCUCACAAACCAAAACUGGUGAGUCAUACGGAGGCGGCGUCCAUCCCUUAUGUAGCUGCCACAACCUGGUCUGCCCUCGUCAAUGCAGGUGGUCUUUGCAGAGACAACUGUUCUGAGAAAAGAGUCUUGAUUACUGGUGGAUCAGGAGGUGUCGGAACAUUCUCCAUUCAGUUACUGAAGGCCUGGGGUGCCCACGUAACCGUUACCUGCUCUCAAAAUGCAGAGGGGCUGGUUAGAGGCCUGGGGGCUGAUGAGGUUGUGGACUACACAGCAGGGGAUGUUGCUGAACAACUAGAACAACUGGAGAAGUUUGACGUGAUUCUCGACAGUGUGGGAGGGGACACGGAGCAGUGGGCACUGGGCCUGCUGAAGCCCUGGUCCGGGGCCAAGUACGUCACCCUGGUAACGCCUUUGCUCCUCAACACCGACUCCAUGGGUCUGCUGGAUGGAGCCCUACGCUCAGGGUUUACCCUGCACAACAAGCUCAUACAGAAUAUAACGUCUAAGGGAGUGUUCUACCGCUGGGGGUUUUAUGCUCCGGAUGGGCCUGCACUGGAUGAGAUCAGCAAGCUGGUGGAUGCGGGAAAGAUCCUGCCAGUGGUGGAGGCCCAGUUCCCAUUCACCCAGGUGCCUCAGGCCUUUCAGAAGAUGGAGCAAGGCCAUGCCAGGGGAAAGACGGUGGUCUUAGUCGCCGAUGAGGAAAACGGUUUUACACCGACUGGGGACCCUGUGAGUGACACUUACAUGGAGGCAACGGAGCCAGAGCAAGUCAGGGAAGCACCCAAGCCAAGCUGAAGACAGA